GCCACGCCCACUUUCUAUUGUUUUUUGAAGAAGGUUUGCCUUCUGGGAUGUUUUUGUCUAGAGGAAGGUUAACAACUUUUCUGGACUCUGCAUGAGCUUAGUCUCUUCCCUAUUAAAUCAAGACUGUUAUUGCUGAACUGUUCCCCGGGUUGGUAGCAGAAGGUCGAUGAAGAGGGCCAACAAAGCCGCAAUUCCUGUUCAGGGAUUUUGCGAUAACCAAUUAAUAGAUAAAGUUUGAGUACACCAUAGUAUGUAUAGACCACGAGUGCACCAAUAGGCAACAAGAAACAAGGAGCACAAAUAUUUUGCCAAAUAUAGGAGUCGCAGAACCACUGUAUACUUACGACGCAUGCUCUGUAGCCAACUAGAUAAAAACAGGUGAUUCACAGCAAUUGCUGAUUAAUCUAGCUUUCAAACGUGUAUUGCCACGAUGGAAAACAAUUCUUGAACUUGGCUGCACGGAGUGCUUCAGCAUCUUUGGUUACAAAAUGAAUGGCCUAAAGCAUUUUACUUGCAUACUUAUGUUAGUUGAAGCGGUACAAAGCAAAUCUGAUAUUAAAAGGCAGCACAUCGAUAGCCACACGGGCAGCUAUCUAACCGGUGCAGCAUCAGUAACAAUUCUUGUGGCAUCGGCUAUUCAGUGCUCGCAUAAAUGCCUGCGCUUUGACGAUAAAUGCAUUGGGGCCAACUUCAACACGAAACCUGAGAAUGGCAAUCAUCAGUGUCAGAUAAUUCAUAGCAUUAGUAAAAAUGAUGCUGUACAAAACAAAGCUGGCUGGACAUUUAUGGAGAAAAAACCCAUAGCAGCAAAAGUGAGAAUACAGUUGACUACUCUAGGACUGAAGUCUUGCAAGGAAAUCAAAAACAAAGAGCCCAAAUCAUUGAAUGGAAAGUAUCGUUUGUCAAUUGGAGGAAAAGACACAGAGGUAUACUGUGACAUGGAGAAUGGUGGGUACACAUUGAUCGCAAGGUUUUCCAAUGCAGACAACAAAACAUGGAUGCACGAGUCAGGAGAUAUUUGGUACUCUAUGCAGCAGUACGGAAACGUGACAUCAAGCAGUGACAACAAUGACAUGUUAAGUCAGGCAUUCUCGAAAGUCAGCGGAGAUGACAUCAAAGUGACCAGAAAUGACGACCCUGGACACACCGCUCUCUUGCUGGCAGCUGGUUGUUUGACCGGGAAAUCAAUGAGGCAAAAGAUGGCUUCUUUCGGGGACUUCAGGAAUGGAAAAGUUUGGUCUUCAAGUAACAGGUGCCUUGGUAACUGCAGUGCCGUGUUUUCGGGACAGUAUGCGACAACCGUUGGAUUCAAGUACGCUACAUCAACCUGCAUAACAAGCAAUGAUAUUCUUAAUGGCAACAAUAUUGGGUUUUGGUGUAGAUAUAGCACUGGAGAUGGCUCUGUAAUAAUGAUAGGCGGAGGUGGAGCAAGUUGUGCCAGAGCAGACCACGGCAUUGGCGUUACAGAAGAAGACAAUGCCAGAUUAGGUGGGUCAGAGCCGUCGAAGGAUUUUGGAAAUGAAGGGACUUUUGGAGCUACUACCUACUCGCUAAAUCUUUGGAUAAAAUAGGAUGAAAUGAGAACUGCUCAUAGUCUUGAACUUAGCAUAAACCUACGUAUAUCUAGUAUUUUCAAUAUGUGAUGAACUUCAUUUAAGUUGCUUCCUUCGCUGCAGAUAAAGUAAGUUAUAUGACGUCCCUGCUUAAUCUAUUUAUAUGUAGAUCUCAAAACUAUUUAAAAUCUUUAAAUAAUCGCCAAAAUGAGAACGAAUUUGGCUACGCGUGAGUCAUCUCAAUAAAAAGCUAUUCGGUAAUUUGCUUAAGAUUUAGUUUGUGUUUACACAAGUGUUACGUUUUAAUUUCAGAUGGAAGAAAUACUUAAAAAUUAAUACGGCCUAUGCUCAGCGAAUGCAAUCUUGAAACUUUACAAACAUAACAACAUGAUUAUUCGUAAUUUAAUAUAACAAUAGACUGAAGCACAUAAUGGAUAUUACAAUGAAAACGUUUGCUUACUGUGCAAAACAGUUCUUUACCAAAAUAUGGAAUGUUUUCAGAAGUGAUUGAUAAGGAAGGCAAAGGAUAUGCAAGGUUCCAUUCCGUUCCCUUGAAACAGGAGCAUAGUCCAGAAAAGUUGUCAACCUUCCUCCAGACAAAAACAUCCCAGAAGGCAAACCUUCUUCACAAAAGUGGGCGUGGCUUAGGUGUGUCAUAGGAGCUUUUAUUGUUUUUUCGUGGACCUUCCUCCGGUCAGUGGCCGUGCGACCGUAAUGUUCUCCUGACUCUGAACAGGAGAACUGCUCAAUAAUCGACUAUGAGAAAACGAAAUAAUUUCUAUAUUUAAACCUUUAGCAAAUUGCUUGCACUGUCUGAAACUGUUGCCCUUGGUAAUGCCAUCGAGAACACCCCUUUGUAACAAGCCUGGUGAAAACCGUCCCCGGCGAGAAAUUUCUUUAUCGGGGAUUCUCUUUCGAAAAACCGAAAGUCGCGGGCAUUUCGCAAUAUCCCCGCAUCCCCUGCAAGCUUGAUUUUUUGUCCCUAGUCAGUCUUAUGUUCUGCCUUUGGCACGACAUAACAAUUACGGAAAUUGUCUAGGGUUUUACCUCUUUGACCAAAGUGCUACCAAUAUUUGAAAUUUUUUCCCAUUCCAUGCCAAUCCAAGACAUUUUUCUGUCCCUCGCAUGUUUACCUGUUUUCUCGUGUAAAAACCAUCGAAGAACUUGUCACACAGGGGUGUAAAAGUAUUUGUAAAGUCUGUUUAAUUUCGCACAAAAAAAAGUGGAACAGAGUGAUUGCAUUUCCGUGUAAACAGCCUAUGUAACUAUUCUAUAAAUGUGAAAAAAUGAUCCCGUCUUAACACAGCCUGUUAUUCAGGAGCACAUAGGUACAGGCUUAGCUCUAACCGAGGGCUAGGAACUUUCUUUGCAGUGGUAUCGUUGUGUUUGAUACUACAGUUUGCAGUACUUAGAUGGAAGAGAAAAACAAUCAAUAAAUCUACCUAUAAUAAUGAUAAUAUAUUUCAAAAGGCAAUAUAAAUAGAUUUACCUAUAUAUUCCUUAGAAAGUAAAAGCGUAAUUUUGCAAGUUCAAAUUGCUCAUAUUAUCAAAGGUUUGAAUGAAUUGAAAUGAAUUGCUGAUGAUUUAAUGUGAUGAACCAGUGACCCCCAGUCUGCUAAACACAAUGAGGUAUAAGAAAAGCUACCUCAUUGGCUAAACAUAACAAAAGACUGCCUUAUAAAGGUUGAUUCUUGUUUGAGGGUUUUUAUAUUUAUUCUGAUCUGCCGUGUCGAAUCUAGGGAAUGAGCAC